ACCAAACUUUAAAACAUGGACAAAGUGAAAACACUGAACUUAGAGCUUUGUACUCUUCCUGUGACAGAAUACUUAAAAGAAGAAGUUGGGUGUCAAAUGGCACAAUGCACAUAUAUUUCUUCAUUGCGGCUCUUGUAACAUGAAGCCCCUUGUGGCUCUUCCACCUCCCACAAAGCCGGAAGAGGAUCCUCGGAAAUUGAUUGAACAGACCGUUGGGUAGAACAUGCACGGCAAGCGUUCGACGUUUUGCCUCACCCAGACUCUCACCUCUGUUAUUGCACAAUGUACAAGAAACCCACGUUAGCUCGCUUUCACCAACUUGUCAAAACCCCAUUUCAGCAAACACCUUGUAUGUGGGUCUCAGUAAAGCACAGACACAGCGGAGGAAGAAGACCCAAGAAGAGAGUCUACCACAGAGACCAUGACCUUGACAAAGCCAUGGACUUGCGGAAGAAGCCUGCCUUGAUUUUACAGCUCAAAUCCAUUAUUCAGUCACACAAGCACCAAUCUUUACUUCUCAGGGACCUCGAGAAAGAAGUUGGGUUUGUUCACAAGUGGAAUUUCAUGGCUGUUAUAGAGAAAAAUCCUUCAAUUUUCUAUGUUGGUGGUGGCAAUAGAAUGCCCCCUUUUGUUCAGCUCACUGAAAAAGCUGAAAGGGUUGCUAGGGAAGAAGCUGAAGCUAAGCAGUUGAUGGAACCCAUUUUGGUUAAGAAUCUAAGGAAAUUGUUAAUGUUGUCUGUUGAUUGCAGGGUUCCACUUGAAUCGAUUGAUUUCGUUCAAUGUGAAUUGGGUUUGCCGGAUGAUUUCAAGAAGUCAUUGAUUCCAAAAUACCCUGAAUUUUUUUCAGUUAAGGAUGUGAGUGGAAGAGCCUAUCUUCAUUUGGAGAAUUGGGAUUCUUCCCUAGCAGUCACAGCUCGUGAGGAACGAUUAGCUAGUGAUGGGAUUGUGGCCUCUGAUGGAGUGGGAAAGAAUUUUAGAAUAUCGAAAGAUGGUAAUUUUCGAGGUCCACAAGCCUUUACAAUGAGGUUUCCUGCUGGUUUUAGGCCAAAUGCAAGUUAUCUUGAGCAACUUGAAAAGUGGCAGAAACUCAAAUUCCCUUCUCCGUAUUUGAAUGCAAGGAGGUUCGACAUUGCUGAUACUAAAGCAAGGAAGCGAGUGGUGGCAGUGCUUCAUGAGCUCCUCAGUUUGACUAUGGAGAAGAGGAUGACAUCUGCUCAAAUGGAGGCAUUUCAUUCAGAGUAUUUCUUACCUUCCAAAUUGCUGCUUUGUUUGAUAAAGCAUAAUGGUAUCUUUUACAUAACUAAUAAAGGUGCAAGGAGUACUGUUUUUCUUAAAGAAGCUUAUGAUGGGCCAUAUUUGAUGAACAAAUGUCCCAUCUUGUCAUUCAAUGAUAAAUUUGUAGGACUUAGUGGUAGGAGAGAGAUCAAUUCAUGUAAUGUGAUGCCUUCUUUAUAGAUUUAUCUUGAAAGUGUAGAUGUGGUUUGUUGUUAGUAUCAAUCAUGUAUUGCUAUACACUCCUUAUAGAUUCUUCUUAAAAAUGUUGAUUUUGUCUUUAGGGAUUUAUGUCAAUGCAGCUUUCAUGCAUCUCAGUCCACCAUUUUGUUUCACUACUCAAUUCUAUAUUGGUAAGGUCUGAACUUAUUAAAUGCUUGGCUACUUGAUGUUGCUAAACAUGCCACUGUAUAACUUGAUAUGUGGUGACUGUUAAAUUCUGCUAAACAGAGCUAUGUAUCCUUGUCAAGUUCCAAAAUUGGUUUAUCUAGAAUCAUCUUAAUCAUAUCAUGUUUUGAUCCUCACAACAUCCUUGACAGAUUUACUUUUUGGUCUGCAUUGCAAAUAACAAUUAGACUGCUCUAAAAUCAUUCUAUAACAUAUGGAAAGACUGAUAUUUAAUUAUAUAAUCCAGAGUAUUCUUGGAUGUGAACUUUAGUAAACCUGCAAGGCUAUAUGUAACACCCCUCAAAAUACAACUCUGUGUAUCAUUUCACUUCCUACAAAUUUUAACAAAUCAUUAAGAUGUUUUUGGUUCAACAACUCUUUGUAUCAGUUCACUUCCUGACAUCUCUAAGUUGAUGGACAUCAGUGCAUUGUCUUCAUGGAUGUAUCAAUUGCAUAAAAUACUACUGAAAGAAAGCAUAUAGAUAGAAGUGGGCUUCAGUAAUAUUUUGUUACAUCCAGGUUAACAAUGGCCAACUUGCAGAGAUGUAGGUUCCAGUCAGGAACUUCAAAAUCUUUUUUAAGCUAUCCGAAUGUAUCAGAUGACAACAUGUUAUCAUCUAUAAUGUGAUCCUUAGAUACAAUUUCAGGGGUUUGAAUGGUUGCUCAUGGACCCACACAGUAUGCUUGCUCAUCCUCAGUGCUGAUGUUUAGGUACUUUGAGCCUGGACUGGACUAUGUUCUGAACUUCUGAUUCUGCUUGAUAUGUGGAUUGAUUGUGCUCUGGUUGGAAUCAUAGAAAUAUGAGACAGGUAUGUGCGUGUGUGUAUUAUUUUUUCUCUUGUUCAUUCUAUUUACUCUAUAAUGUUGUUUAUGCAGUUUAAAUGUUUUAUAGAUGUUUAAGACUUCUUGUUUUUUACAUAUACUGAACUUAUUUAUGUUUGCGCAAUAGCACUUUUUAUAAUGCUGAAGGCACUAGUAAGAAAAAAUUUCUGUUUUCCGUCAAUUCAUUCUCAUAUGUUCUCUACGAUGCUGAAUGUAAGCCGAGUAAUAAUCCAACAAACUGUCUUUUCCAUGAAACAAGGCCUUUCAAUAUGUUACGCUGCUAUUUUUCCAAUAUCAUUGAAUAGCAUGACCUGGGUUGUGCAGUUUUCCCAUUUCCUUCCAGCGCUCAUUUUUUUUUUCCUUCAGUGGACCAUAGAGUAGGCCAGGCAUCAAACUAUAAUUACUAAUUUGCUAUGUGCCUAGAUACUGGGCAUUACAUGUAUGCAUCUUAUCUCAUCAUGACUUUUGUUUUUCUGGAAUGCUUGGAACCUGUACUUAAAAUUCAUUUUUACCAUACACAUUUCCUUUCCUCCCAAGUCAUUGCAACUAUAUUCAAUGAGGCCAUACGAACAAAGUUUUAUUUAUGUACAGUAGUUUAUGAUAGACUAGGUUUAUAAAGUAAACUAAAGACUUUUAGAACAAUGUUAGGUCAGUUGUGAACGUAACAUGGUUGUGGACAUCUGUAAGGGAGUCCAGUACCUUAAUGAGGUAAUGGACUCUGGUUGCUGGGUUCCAGUUGGCCUCAAAGAAAGGUGCAUUUAGCUGAAGAAAGCAUGAGAGGUAUUUUGUUUGAAAUCUGUGAUGUGGUUUUUCAUGCUGAUGCUAUUCACAGAGCAGGUGGUAGGGUUAUUACAUAUGCUAUGUUGUCUGAUUUUCCUAUUGGUCAUUUCAAUCGUAGUGUAAUUGGUUAAAUACUGACCAGAUGCAUUGCUGGGUUCUUGAACUGUUUAGUGGUCUUUCUGUGUUUCAUGUUUCUUUAUAGAGAUUGCAGCAAGGUGCUGCAAGCUUUUCUUUUAUAAAAUAUUGCAGGUCGGAGAUAGGUCCCUUCAUGAUAGGCAAGUCCGCAAGUAUAAUUAAGGUACACAAGCAGUGGCAACAACCUAUCUAGAACAUCCAAGUUUAUCUGACCAAAGCCUUGAAAGGAGACCACAACUGUUCAAAUAUUGUACAGAACAAUUUAGAUCAAUUAUCCAGCUUGUGUGGUGAUCCUGAGCAUUUGUUUUAGCUAUGCAGAGUUGCAGACCCCAGUUAACAAUCGCAACAGCCAUAAUUUCUGCGGUCGAUUCUACGUUUGCCAAUCUCUUGUGAUGAAUGAUGGAAUAAUCAACCUGGAAUGGUAGAAUGAAAGGAGGGUUUAAUGGAUUGAAGGGUAAACAAAUCUCCCUUAUUACUAUAGUGCUCAUGUCAACAACUAUUCUUAUGUGGACAUGGGAGAAAACCCCACUUCUUACUACCUUGGUUCCGGCUGAAACCGAAACCCGGUUGCAGGUGUCUUCGGAACUGAGGGAUGUUGUUGUAGAUAGCUCUGUACCAUUGGAACGAGAACUACAUGUAGGCAAGGGUGUAACGGCAUUGGCAGAGAGGGAUGCCCGGAAAGAAGAAUUUCGUGCGGGGUUAGGAUCUACACUAGAUUCCGGACCAUUAAAGCGAUGGGAUUAAUAGUGAUCAAACACUGUUGAGAAUAAUGGGACUUCCUUAAGUGAAUUAAAAGAAGGUGCUAAUAUAGUUGGAGAAGAAGCUUCAAACCUAGAAGAGAGGACAUCAGUUGAUAGAAGACACGGAGAAAAAGCAGAAGAAAAUAAUUCAGACCUACAAAAACCGAUACUGCUUAUACAAAUAUCUCCGUUGGGGGAAAUCUCGAGGACAAAUUAACUACUCGCAUGGAAAGUCCAGGUUGUAAAUUCUUGGCUUUCCUGGGUUCAUUAGAGAAAUGCCAUCUAUUGCACUGGAUUUCCUCACUUUAAACACUAAAAUUAUCCAAAAAAUUAAUCUUUUCCUAAAUGUCUUCUGGGUGAGUAGGUUCUAUGCUUUGGCAGUUUAAGAAAAACGUUGACAAAGAAAACCUAAGUACACGAUUUCUUUUAUAUGAAAAGGUUACCUUUUCAAAA